AUGCCCAUAUUGCUUCCAAUAGUAGUGAGAAAAGCCUCAUUCUCACCUAAAAAUUGCUAUUUCAGCUGGAGAAGUCUGAACAUGCGGGAGGUAUGAGACUGUGUUGUUAAGGAGCGGAGAUGCGUGUCCUAGCUAAUCUCAUUGCAGGAGGUUCACAAGUACUAACCAGUUUACCAAUGUCCCACGAUAAUAAAGAGCAAGUGAGCAUGAAGACAACUCCCCAGUUUGCAUUGAAUGGCGACCUUCAGAGCCUUGUUUAUACUUCUUGUGGCACUCACCAAGCACUCACUGGCCGCCGCCCGAUCCAACUCGCUGAGAAACCCGCACCUUCUUGCCGCAAUUGAAGAGAUGAAACAAGCCAAUUACUUCUCCUUCGUCAUGCUCAUAAACAUGUCGCCUCCCAUGUUACUCGUGGGCAACCUCACCUUCUUUAUGCCCGACGACAGGAUGCUGUCGAGGAUCGUUCUACCCACAGAUGAGGUCUCCGGUUUUGUGCUUCGUCAUUCUAUACCUAAGCCUUUGCUCUUCGACUACCUCGAACACAUACCGACGGGUUCUCUCAUUCCAACAUCAGUUCCAGGGAACAUGGUCAGAAUCAACAACGAAGGACGCAGGAGCUUCUUUCUCGACAAUGUUAGGAUCACUCAACCGAAUGUGUGCGUGGCGGGGUCUUCAAUCAGGUGCCAUGGCAUUGACGGGGUGUUGCUGCCGGUGACGAAUGUCACCGAGUCUCCAUCACCUCCUUGCCCUCGUAACCCUGCUAACCCCACAGCAAUGCCAACGCCACCUCCACCUCCUCCUCCAGUGAGCGAUGUAAUGCAGCCUCUGAGUUCGGCUUCCCCCAAAUCAGCCCUGGCAGCAAGUCCAUUCACUCCCCCAGAGAAAUCGGCUUGUUCACGCCGGCUGGGUGCCGAAGGACUGGCAAAAUCUGUAUUGACCGGGAUUAUGGUCUCAGCCAUGAUGGAGUUCCUCAGGAAUUCGUCGUAAUUCGAGAAUGCAAAUUAGUGAGCCUUA